AUGGCGUUCCAGUCAGGAGAAUACCUCUUCCAUGGACAAACGCAGAGCCAACAUUUAACACCGUCUCGAGGUUGCUCUCCUCCACAAGCUAAAACCUCUGUCAAUGGGUGUGGCUUCGAAGCGCGUGUUGUUUCUCUCCGCGAAUCCACGUUGCUGAAAGCAGUUAUCAAGGCGGACAAAGAGACCCUCACCGAUGCUGUCUGA